UUUUUGUAUCCCUCUAGUGAAUUUUGACAUUGAGUUCUUAAGCUAGAAAUAUUUUUGUAUCCCUCUAGUGUGAAAAGACUUGGAACUUAAUGAAACAACUGGAAGAUCUUCAAAUAAUUUCUCACAUUAAAUAUCUGCAGGAAGAUAUUUAUACAAUGAAAACAUGGUCUAGCCGCAUAAUUAAAAAACAAGAAGAACUGGAGAAGAAUUUAACAAGCCUUUUUCAUGCAGUUUCAAGCGCUGAACAGGAUGCAGCUUCUGUAGCAAAAAACAUAACAUUGACAAUUGUGACAGUAAAAACUGACAUAAGGCGCAUUUCAGGCCUGGUCUCAGACAUGACUGCACUGACAGAUUCUUUGCAAACAUUAGAAGAUAAAGUAGAAAAAGGUGAAAAGGCAACAGUAAAAAAUAUAGGUGACCUCCUUACCAGUAGCAUCGACCGAAGUACGAAAAUACAAAGCCUGGCAUCCAGUAACGCAAGAAAAAUUGAGCAAAUUAAGACAUCACUGUCUGAGUUAAAGAGCAAUUUUGACAAGCAUUCUGAUAGACUUUUGAAUCUUGAAGGUGACAGAGCAAAAGUUCUGAAGACAGUUGCAUUUGCAAAUGAUUUGAAACCUAAGAUGUACAGAGUUAAAAAGGAGUUUGCCAUCUUGGAGCCCUUAAUAAAUGACCUAACACUGAGAAUAGGAAGAUUAGUGGAGGAAGUUUUGCAACGGCAGAAAGAAAUUGCUUUACUGAAUGAGAAAUUGGCCAAUCUAACAAGAGUUCAAACUGAGAUUAAGGAUGUGAAAGAUGAAAUAACUAAGAUUUCAGAUAUUAAUUGAUCACUGAAAGGCAAUUGCCUAAAGAAUAAUGUUUGAGGAGUGUGAACUCCCAUCAUGUGUAGUACUGAGAAGGCAGGCAAUAUUUAAAUGCUUCAUUUAGAAGCACACCUAAACCUGAAAUUUGUCCUAUUCUUUUGAACAGGACAGGAAAAAGUCAUCUUAUUUCAAGGGAGAAAUAAUAAUGUGAACAAAAAAUGUACCUCUCUGCAUGUAUUUUUCUUUCUGAAGAAUGAGAGAUGCUAUAUUUAAUAAAUUGGGUUUUUUGUAUAAUAAAGCAGUGUUAAAGUACAGAAUUAAGUUCUUAGAGUUUGCUUUCACAAAGAAAGCAGGACCCAAGAAUGACAGAUCUCCAGUUUCACUUUCCUGCUGCAAAGGAAGGAAUAGGAUUGUGGUUUCCAGCUGAACAAAAGGUAGUCCAACAGCAAUAGCACUUUGUCUCUAUUUACUCUAUGAUUUUUGUAAACCAGUUUCUUUUUAAAAUAAUACUUAACAAGGUAAAUGCAGUGAAGCAAGAAAUCCUCAGAAAUAUUGCUGAUGCUUCCAGAAAGUUUGUCAUACAUUCAGAUGGAAUAAUUUGUGUAAGGCUUUGUGUGAGGCUUUAUAAUAGUAAAUCAAAAUUACUGCGCAGCACUGUUCUGUCUUUAAAACAGAACACUCUAUAGGGACAAUGCUCUGAAAGAUGUAAUAAUGCUGCUGAUGGCUUUAUCCCAAAGUGUCUGUUCAGAAAUCCUAACAGUGUUAGUCAUUCAUUAUUUCUUAGUCUGUAAAAUACUAAAGUGAGCAGCAGAAUUAGUAGAGAAGCUACUUGUAUCCCAAAAGGCUACUGCUAUGAACUAUUGGGACUAUUUAAGUGCUGAAGAACAACAGAUUUGAGACAUUUGAAGUAGACAGUAACAAGACAGUGGGAAUGUUUAAGAGGAAGGUGGGGGAGAGAAGUGCAUUAAAUAAGAAUAAAAAUGGCUAUAAAUAUCAAUUGGAAGCAAUACAACAAUUCAGAAAAUCCCUGUAAAUGAAAUCAUAUAAAGAAGUGUAAGUAUA